AUGGACCAAAUCAUCAGUGCCGGACGCUGCUUGAAGCAGGAGCCAGAAUCCGAAGACCAAAAUGAGGCCUACAAGGUUCUCGUCGACGAAGACCCAAACAAAGACGUCCAAACAAACUCAACUACCUCAUCUUUCAUGGCUGCUCCAACCCUUCUAUCAUCUUCUGAAUCUCGUUGGGAUUAUGAAGUUUUCCUGAGUUUCAGAGGUGAAGACACCCGCAAGAACUUCACCGGUCACCUUUACUCUGCCUUGAAACGAGCCGGAAUCCAUACCUUCAUAGAUGAUGAGGAGCUACAAAGAGGGGAGAACAUCUCUACCAAACUUCUCUACACGAUUCGAAGAUCAAGAAUUUCUAUUAUGGUUUUCUCCAAAGGCUAUGCUUCUUCUAGGCAUGAAUCAAGAUUCAUCGAGAAGAUUGUUAAAGAAGUUUUGCAUAUAGUGAAGCCUGCCCGCUUGAAAGUUGCCAUGAAUCUAGUCGGAAUAGAUUCUCGUGUUAAAGAGAUGAAAGAUUUAUUAGAUCUUGAAACACAUGACAUCGUUUCCAUUGUGGGCAUCUAUGGAAUGGGUGGAAUUGGUAAAACAACCUUAGCAAAAGCUGUCUAUAAUCAAAUAUGUGAUGGAUUUGAAGGAAGUAGUUAUCUUUUAAACGUUAAAGAAACUUCAGGACAACCCAAUGGUUUAGUUUCUUUACAAAAACAACUUCUUCUUGAUAUCUUGAAAAUGAAUUUCACGAUUUCCAAUGUUGAUGGGGGAAUAGAUUUGAUUGAGAAGAGAUGUCAGGGCAAAAAAGUUCUUAUUGUUAUGGAUGAUGUGGAUGACGUGAAACAACUACACACAUUAGUUGGAAACUCCGCAUGGUUUGGUCUAGGAAAUAGAAUCAUUGCAACAACUAGAGAUGAACAGUUACUUACUCAACUUGGAGUGCAUAAAAAAUAUAAAGUUGAAAAAUUGAAUUAUAGGGAGUCUCUUCGACUUUUCUCAUAG